UGAAUUUCUUGGGCGGAAAUUUAAGAGUCACUACUCCGUACGGUCGUUGUUAUUCAAACACACCCGCUUCUCUUUCGCUGCGUCGUCCAGAACUAUCAAUCUUUCGUUUACUAGAUCGCCCACCAUGGCUUCCAACGAAGAUGCCGCCCCGAAGCUCUAUGAGGAUCCUGAGACCGGAGAGAUGAUCUCCAAGAGUGAGCUCAAGAAGCGUCAGAAGCACCGAGAGCAACAGAAGAAGAAGGCCGAGAAGGCUGCAAAUGCGCCGCUUCCCACACACUCCAAGGCCAAGGCCAAGGAACCCAGCGAAGACGACCUGAAUCCAAAUCAAUACUUCGAAAUCCGAUCAAGAGCAAUCAAUGCGCUCCGCGAGACCAAGAACCCUAAUCCCUACCCGCACAAGUUCCAUGUCAACACUCGAGUCGGCGACUUCCUGGAGAAGUAUGAUCAUCUCAAGAAGAAUGAAGUGUUAGAGGAUGUAGAGAUUCGCGUGGCCGUCCGAAUCAUGUCCAUUCGAUCCGCCGGAAAUGCGCUGAUAUUCUACAACUGCAAGAGCGAGGGGCAAACAAUCCAGAUCUUCUGCGAGGCUACUCGCUUCUCGAGUGAAAGCGGCAGUGCAGCAGCUUUUGCAGAGCAUCACAGCGUGUUCCGGAGAGGAGACUGGAUUGGCGUUGUUGGUGUACCGGGAAGAACCAACCCUAAGAACCGCGACACAGGCGAGCUGAGUGUUUUCGCAAAGGAUGUUGUACUCCUUGCGCCCUGCUUGCACCAACUGCCACAUGGACUCAAGGACAAGGAGAUUCGCUACCGCCAACGCUACCUUGAUCUCAUUCUGAACAACACUGCUCGCCAGACUCUCCAAACACGUUCCAAGAUUAUCAGCUAUCUCCGUCAUUACUUCGACAACAAGGGGUUCAUGGAGGUUGAGACUCCUAUGAUGAACAAGAUUCAUGGAGGUGCCACUGCUCGUCCUUUCAAGACCUAUCAUAACGACCUCAACAUGGAGAUGUUCAUGCGUGUAGCUCCCGAGCUGUAUCUCAAGAUGCUGAUAGUCGGUGGUUUCGAGAAGGUGUACGAAAUUGGCCGCCAAUUCCGCAACGAAGACAUCGACCUCACCCACAACCCCGAAUUCACCUCCAUGGAGUUCUACUGGGCAUUCGCAGACUACUACGAUCUCAUGGACCUAACAGAAGACCUCAUCACCGGCCUCGUCCAGCACGUGACAGGCGGUCUGAAGACCACCCUCCACCGCGAAGACACAGGCACCAAGUACGAAAUCAACUGGGAGCGCCCCUGGCGCCGCGUCCCCAUGAUCCCCACCCUCGAAGAACUCACGGGCGAGAAGUUCCCCCCGCCAGACCAAUUCCAUACGGACGAAACGGGCAAGUUCCUCGAAAAGGUGCUCGACAAGAUGGGCCUCGAGUGCUCCGAGCCCCGCACCAAUUCCCGCAUGAUCGACAAGCUCGUCGGCGAACUCAUCGAGCCCACCUGCGUUAACCCGACCUUCAUCACCGGACACCCGCAGGUCAUGUCCCCGCUUGCGAAGCCCGACCGCAACACGCCCGGUCUGUGCGAGCGUUUCGAAAUGUUCGCCGCGACCAAGGAACUCGCCAACGCGUAUACCGAGUUGAACGACCCGGUGAUCCAGCGCAAGCUGUUCCUGCAGCAGAUGGAGGACAAGAAGAAGGGCGAUGAUGAGGCGCAGCCCAUCGAUGAGACGUUCUUGCAUGCCAUGGAGUUUGGCUUGCCGCCGACGGGCGGUUGGGGUCUGGGAAUUGAUCGCUUGGUCAUGUUCUUGACGGACAAGUAUAAUAUCAAGGAGGUGUUGGCGUUCCCGCUCAUGAAGCCGAUUGUGGAGACCAAGACGGAGGUGGCGCCGGAUGGGAAGAAGGUCGAGGUUGUGUCUGUGACUUCUUGAGUGAUGAGUAGAGACGAGAGGAGAAAAGCGUCCUCGGGAUAGGGUAUAGAGAGCUUUUGGGGAGCCAAUGGGUUUAUGGUUUCGCCAUGAUCGUGGUGAACACGCAAGAUCAAUGCGGACGCUUAAGAUCAUCUAGUCUCCAUAUGGACAUUGGAAGCCCGUCAUUGAUUGGGCCUCACAUUCUC